AUGUCGGGUUUAUCGGGUUUAGAAUAUUCUUCCCCUGAUAUAUUCGCAAGCAGACUUACAGAUCAUAAAAUUAAUUCGGUCGAAGUAUAUCAAAAUGCCGAUUAUGCUCGAUUCCUUCACGUUAUGGUGCCUGUGUUGUCAAAAAUAUUGCUCGAGGAGUCUCCCGUGUUUGAUAGCAAUUCUGAAGAACAAAAAUUUCGUAGCCUUCUCUUAGAAGUUGUAUACCGAUUACCUUCGAAUGAGACACUUAAGCCAUACGCUGGUGAAUUAUUAGGCGUCUUAAUGAGAUUAUUGAGAAUAGAGAAUGAAGAAAACGCUGUUAUUUGUUUAAAGAUUAUAAUCGAUUUUCAUCGGAGUUACAAGCAUCAACUAGAAAGUCAGGUCCAGCCAUUUUUAGAUAUUGUUCAAGAAAUGUAUGCAAACAUGGAACAAACUGUAAAGGAAACUUUCGAUUCUCCUGCAAAUGUUGCCACUCCAAGUGCUAGUACCCCGGUAGUUGUCGUACCUCCCUCACCACGUCCUCCAUCCCCAGCAUCAGAUGUAACAACGAAUGAAAUCUCUCCUAAUAAAGUCUUGGCCAGAAGCAUGCAUAGUUUUAAAGUCUUAACUGAAUGUCCUAUUAUCGUGGUUUUACUCUUUCAAUCUCAUCGUCAAUUUGUGACCGCAAAUAUUCAAAAUUUUGUUCCUCUAAUAAUAAAGGCCCUUGGGUUACAAGCUCGUCCUCAACUCGAAGCACAGGAAGCCGCUAGAGCAAAGGGUGAAAUAUUUGUUGGUGUGUCCCCAAGUAUUAGGGACCGUGUAAAAUACACGGAAUUUAUCGUAGCGCAAGUCAAAACAAUGUCUUUUUUGGCUUACGUUUUACGUGCUUAUACUUCAGCAUUGCUACGUUACAAAGACAAAAUUCCAGAGUUUGUUAUAAGGUUGCUUCAGGAUUGCCCACCAGAGGCUUCGGCUACAAGAAAGGAAUUAUUAGUUGCAACAAGACACAUUCUUUCGACAGAAUUUCGAUCUGCCUUUGUUAGUAAGAUUGAUGUACUUCUGAAUGAAAAAGUUUUGGUCGGUACUGGAGUUACGUCCCAUGACACCCUUAGACCAUUAGCAUAUAGCAUGUUGGCUGAUCUUGUUCAUCAUGUGCGAGUGGACCUUUCUCCAGCGCAACUCUCAAGGACUGUAUAUAUUUAUUCGCGUAAUUUACAUGAUCCAUCAUUGGCUCCUAGUAUUCAAACAAUGUGUUCCAAACUACUUCUCAACUUAACAGAUUGCAUUGUAAAUAAUCCAGAAAAUAAUCAAGAUUUUGUAGCUCGUGAUCUACUGAUUAAAAUUUUAGAUACUUUUUCCAAUAAAUUUUCAUCUUUGAAUUUGGUGUUUGCUGACUUUCAACAACAACAACAGCAAAAAAAGAAAAUUUCAUCUACGAAUGAUGUAGAUGAUUUUGAUUUUGAACAAGCACGUCCAAUUCAUACUACCCCUCCGAAUGAAACUCAACAUGAUGCUAUUAAUGAUGGAAGAUUUUUAUUUAGAAAUCUUGUCUCAGGUUUAAAACCUAUUAUCAAUGCAUUGAAACAAUGUAAUCCAUCUCCGCCGAAUAAUUGUAAUAUUCCCCUUCAACAAUAUAAUUCUGUCGCUCGUGGUUUUACACAUGAACAAAUAGAUAUCCUUAUUCGUUUAUUUAGGGAAGGUGCACGGUGUUUUGAUUAUUUUAACGUUGACAAUGGUGAUAUUCCUCAAAUCAAAUCACCUGAUAAAUUAAUGUCUAUGGACAUACCAAAUAGAAUAGGUCCAUAUUCAAAGGUCGAGAAAGAAACACUUGAACAAUUCGGAUUAGCAUUCGUCAUGAUAGAUCCGGCAAUUUUCCAAGAAAUUUUUGCAUCUCAAAUGGAAUUUUUCUUUAAUUUAAUGCUUCAAAAUAACUCAUUACUUCAAAUUCCUCAAUAUUUUCUUGCUCAUAGUGAAAUAAUAUCACAGAGUUUUUCUGGAAUAAUUUUACGAUUCUUGGUUGAUAGAUUAGAUCGACUUGGAGGUCCUGAAGCUUACAUAAUGCUUCGAUUAUUCAAAUUGACUUUCAUGGCAGUUACCUUAUUCCCUUGCCAUAACGAGAUUGUUCUCCAUCCAUAUUUAGCACAUAUAAUCACUUCUUCAAUGAGACUUUCUUCUAAAUCUAAAGAGCCAACCAAUUACUUCAUACUACUUAGAGCACUUUUCCGAAGUAUAGGAGGUGGUAGAUUCGAAAUGUUAUAUAAAGAAGUUUUGCCAUUAUUACAAGUACUCUUGGAAGGACUAAAUUCACUCUUAUCGUUGACUCAUAAACAACGCAUGCGAGAUUUAUUUGUUGAACUUUGUCUUACAGUUCCUGUGAGACUCAGUGUAUUACUUCCCUACCUUAGUUAUUUAAUGAAACCUCUUGUUUUAGCAUUACAAGCUGGUCCUGAAUUAGUAACUCAAGGUCUUCGAACUUUAGAACUUUGUAUUGAUAAUUUGACUCCGGAAUUUUUAGAUCCUAUAUUGUCACCUGUUAUAAAUGAUUUAAUGCUUGCUCUUUGGAAGCAUCUAAAACCGAAUCCAUAUAAUCUAGCUCAUAGUCAUGCUGCUACAAGAAUUUUGGGUAAACUAGGUGGGCGUAAUCGUCGUAUGCUUAAAGAACCGCAGAUACUUAAUACUACUAUUCCACCAGUAGCUGGAGUUGAUCUUCUUGUAAAUUUUGAUCAACAAGUUUCAUCUCAUUCAUUCCAUUUAGAUAAUGGAAUAUCGUUGGCAGCAAAAACGUUACAAGAUUCUACUGCUAGCAUAUUUUAUAAAAAACAGGCAUAUAAAUUUAUUGCUGCAUGUAUUCCUUUGCUCAUCGAUUUGGAUGAGGGUUCUGAAAAAUUGGAUAUGGUAAUCUCAUCCAGAGUUCAUUACCAAUAUUUUAAUAUGAAAAGUAUGGAAAUUCCAAAUAUAGCCUCUACUGAUGAAGUCAAUCAAAAUAUAAAUAAUGAACCUCGUGAACUUAUAACAAAUAAUAAAUCGAUGAAAGAAGGUUAUAAACAAAUUCUGCGAAGGAAGUCUGUACAAGAGGAGACAUUGCGAAAUGUGAUAUGUUCGCUUUUUGCUGCAUCGGUAUUACCAGAGCUCAAAGAACAAGCAUGGCCGUUCUUACAAAAUAUAUGUAGACAUUUUGCUUUAUUAGAAGUAGGAGAAGCUCUUGAUUAUCGUUUUACAAGAGAAAAAAGAUUGUACAUUCUUGGCGAUGAGAAGGAUGAUAAGAAAUAUAAUUUAGAAUCUAAAGUGAUUAUAGAAGCUUUGGUUGAAACAGUUACAUCUGAAAAUUCAAAAAUUCGAAAUCUUGCCGCAUCUGCUUUGAUAUUAAUGUAUGAGGCUUGUGUAUUAGUAACCGGGUCAAAAGAAAUUAUGACAUAUUUCCCUUUAUUCCAUAUUUUGGCAAUUAGGUUUUGUUCAUCUUGUUAUAAACCGGAAUGGUAUCGCAAAAGUGGGGGUUGUUUUGGAAUCUCCGUUCUCUGCUCUCAACUCGAUAUGGGAAAACAGUGGAUGCUGGAUCAUGAACUAGAAUUUGCUAGGUCAUUGCUUUUUGUUUUGAAAGACGUGUCUCCCGAGUUUUCAGCUGGAUAUGUGGAUAACGUAUCUCAGACUUUGAUACAUGUUCUCGAAGUUUGCAAUCGACAAGAGACUGAUUCAAGUGAUGUUGAUAUGGUUGAUGGUCAAGAGUUACAGGAAAAGGAAACUAAAUUCGAAAGGCUCAUUAAUUUGUUGAUUAAUGAAUUAUCAAAUGCCAAUUCUUAUGUUAGAGAAACUGUACAGAUGUCAUUCCAAGUUCUUGCAAACAUAAAAAAUACCGAUGUUACAUCUCUACUUUCCUGUGCUCGAAAUACUUUGCUCAGUCCAAUUUUCGGAAAACCUUUUCGUGCCCUUCCGCUUGCAAUGCAGAUUGGUCACAUUGAUGCAAUAACCUAUUGUCUAACUUUGCAGCCUCCUCUUGUGGAUUUCAAUGAUAAUAACGAAGAGCUUUCCAAACUUCUUAAAGAUGCUUUAUCGAUGGCUGAUGUGGAUGAACAAGCUACGACAAAUCGGACAAAUCAGUACAAGACUCCAAAUACUAAUGUUAACCUCAGAAUUGUGUGUAUUAAGUUUUUAUCCGCCUCAAUGGCUCGCUCAGAUUCUUUUCCCUCAAAUACAGCAGUUAAUAAUCGCGCCCUUAUAAUUGGAGUAUUUUUCAGAUCUUUGUAUUCAAGAGCUCCUGAGAUAGUCGAUGUUGCUAAUAAAGGAUUGCAACAAGUUCUUCAACAGCAGCAUAAAUUACCCAAAGAUCUUUUACAGGCUGGAUUACGUCCUAUCUUAGUUAAUCUUUCAGACCAUAAAAAAUUAACGGUUCAAGGCCUUGAAGGUCUUGCUAGACUUCUAGAGUUACUCACAAAUUAUUUCAAGGUUGAAAUUGGAAAGAAAUUGCUUGAUCAUUUGCGCCAAUGGGCGGAUCCUUCUGUUCUCCAAGAAGCCGCCGGGAAACCCCUAAUUGAUGUAGAACCAAUUAAGAUUAUAGUAGCCAUCUUGAACGUGUUCCAUCUUUUGCCUUCCGCUGCUAAUAUAUUUUUGGAAAAUUUGGUUCAUAUUGUACUGGAUCUUGAAGAACAAUUACGUCGGUCAUUAUCAAGUCCUUUUCGUCUACCUCUCAUUAAAUUUUUGAACAGAUAUGCUUCUGAAACUAUUGAAUACUUUUAUGAAAGAUUAGGGGAUUCCAAAUAUAGUCGAUUGUUCAUAAGCAUUUUAGAAACAGAAGAAGCUAUUAAACUUCGACAGUAUAUAAUGGAAAAUCCUAAUUUACUUAUUGAAAAGGCCUCAAAUUCUAAAGAUUCUGAUGAUUUUAAUGAAGCAAAGUUUCAGAAAAUUGUGAUUAUUCGAGUAGUUAUCAAGCAUCAUCCAAAUUGGUUUGGGGAACCCACAUCCAAGCCUAUUUUUAAUUUUGUAAAAGAAAUUUGGGACAACCCGGGCCGCAUUGAACGAUUGAAAAGAGAAGAUUCUUUAAAUGUAUCUCAAUGUUGUGAAUCCAAAUAUCUUAUUGAGAUAUUCAUUAGUUUUUUGAAAGAAAACCGAGAUAAUAUAGACUUCCUUUUUGAGUUGGUCGUUGUUUUCUGUUAUGAAAGUUUAGUAGAUUACACUUUCUUAAAAAAAUUUUAUUAUGAAGAAGUUGCAACGAAAUACACUUCAAUACAGAAAAGGAAUAUCCUUGACAAAUUUUUAGAUAGUUUCGAAGACGUAAAUAUUCCAUCUAACGUAAAAACGCAAUCAUUGAGAGUUCUUGUCACCACAAUGCUUUUAUAUUCCUUCCACAGAGGACAAGAACAGAUAAUAGGAAGUGUUCAAAUGGAUAAGAUUCAAAAAACUUGGCAUUAUUUGGCUGAAACUCAUGACGAAAUUGAUGAUUCUUUACGUAUAGAAGUGCUUCAGUUUUCGACUCUUCUUGUGCAAUGGGUGCCGAGUCUAAUUACUACUCGUAGUCAUCUUGCUAAACUCGGGUGGAAUUGGUCUAGAGUGGACGAUAUAACUGCAAAACAAGCUGCAUUUGUAUUUUUAGCUCAAAUAUUUGCAGAGUUUGGCGCUGUACAGCCAAAAAUUUUAUUUCAGUCAUAUAAUGCACUUUUACGCGCUCAUCAACCAGAAGCGAGGACUUUGGUAAAGCAAGCUUUGGACAUUCUCGCACCAGUGAUACCAAAAGUAAAAAUCCCCACACCGCAUUCACUUAAGGAUUCUACCGAUGUGGCAUUAAAGGAUUCUAAAAAUAAGAAAUCGCCACCACCAACGUGGAUUCAAUACACAAAAAAAGUUUUGUUAGAGGAUGGCUAUAGUGUUUCUCAAUUAGUCAAUGUUUAUCAGUUAUUAGUUCGUCACCCCGAUUUGUUUUAUGAUCAUAGAGAACAUUUUAUGCCACAAAUUGCGAAUACACUUACAAGAUUUGGACUAUUGCAAAGUGCUACAUCUGAAACCCGACUUUUGACUAUUGAUUUGUCGGAAUUAAUAUUAAAAUGGGAAAAACGUCGAAUUUCAGAGAAUCGUAAUCAAGAUCAUAUAAGUAGUAGUGCGGCGUCAACACCUGUCACUACUCCGGAUAAAAGACGUUUCGACCUGGAUAACGAUCAUUCUCCACGAAAAAGACAAUUGAUUGAACAUGGUACAGAAAUAAGAGCUAUUCCUAUUUCAGAUCAUAAUCAAAAAUAUAUUCCGAAUAUUAAUUUAAGAGAAAAUGUGGUUAAUUAUCUUGCUAAGUUUGUGUGCACUUCAUCUGAAUCUGUCAACAAGGUUGGGUUGACUCGUAAAGCUUUGGAGUUGAUUAAAGAAUUUCUGCAACAUGAAUUUUGGUCUGAGGUCAACAUAAAAUUAAGUGUAUUCGAUCGAACGCUUAAAAUCGCGGAAAUCAAUAAUGGUACACUUGAUAGUAUUUGUAAUAGUUUGGAAGUGUUAACUAUAAUUCUUGAAAGGAAACAACAAAAUUGGUGUCUUACCAAUGUUACCCAAUUACAACAAUUAUUAGAACGUAUUAUAGGAAGUACUUCCAUCCGAAUACAAAAGUGUCUUUACCCGAUUGAAUCUUUCACCAAAGUUGUCAACACAACAAUUCAAGAAGGACUUCAGAACAUGAACAACUUAUAUGCAGUAAUGAUGUUAUUAAAAGCAGUUUGUAGUGCAAUACCUAGGAAUAUUGAUUCAUUUAUGGCGGAAAUUAUUCAAGUCGUGGAGAAACUUACGAAUGACGUUUUGAAACCUCUACAAAAUGCGUCCACAAAUAUUAUUCCUACUUUAAACGGUUCCACGCAACCACCAGAUUAUAACACUAGUGUGCUUAUUAUGGCGCUUCAACUUGUAAAUUCUCGAAUUUGCGAUUUGAAUGAACCAAGAUCCGCAUUUCUUGCCUGUCUUACUCAACUUGUAGAAAAGUCCAAAGAUAUUGAGCUUUUACGAACUAUUUUUGAAAUGGCAAAACAAUGGGUGAUCCUAAAAACUGAACCUUUCCCUACUAUUGAAGAAAAAGCUAAUAUCUUGGUUAAUAUGUUAUGUUUUGAAUCUUUGGAUGAUAAAAGCUUAAUGGAAGAUUAUUUAAAUCUUGUUAUCACAAUAUACACUAAACCAUCAUUUGCUAGAACUGAAUUAACUUUGAAAUUAGAGAGAGCAUUCCUUAUUGGUACUCGUAAUGGAAGUGCUAAAAUUCGUAACAAAUUUAUGGAAAUUUUUGAUCAAAGCAUGAUCAAAUCAUUAUCUACACGUUUCAAUUAUGUGAUUGCAGGACAAAAUUGGGAACCUCUUGCUGGAUACUUUUGGAUUCAUCAAGCUUUUGAUCUUCUUAUUAGUUCUAUUUCAAACAAGAGAAAGAUACAACCACCAAAUUAUUCUUUACAAACAAAACCAAUAAGUUCUUUGGGUGGUGAUUCUCAUUCUACUUGGUUUGCUGUAAACCCUAGUGAAGAAUUAACAAAUUUCUUAAAUAAACAUAAAGAAUUUUUACGUGAUAUGAAAAAAUUAAAAGUUAACGAUUUGUUGUUACCUUUGAAACAACUUCAUUAUUUAGACGAUGAUGUUGCAUAUAAUUUGUGGUUGGAUCUUUUCUGUCUUUGUUGGAGCUCAAUACCUUCAAGAGAACGACAGGAUAUGUCAAAUAAUUUAGUAUUCCUUUUAUCAAAAGAUUAUCAUAACAACCAAACGGAUUUGAGACCAAAUUGUAUCCAAGCAUUGAUGGAGGCUGUAUCACGUUGUAGUCCUCCCAUCAAACUCCCGCCUCAUUUGGUAAAAUAUCUUGGCAAGUCACAUGGUGCAUGGCAUACAGCAAUGGAAAUACUUCAACGUGAUUCAUUCUCAAGUGUGAGAGGCGAUGAAAAAUUAAGAGAAAGUACUUUGGACGCAUUAUCAGAUCUUUAUGAAACAUUAUCAGAAGAUGAUAUGUUUUAUGGGUUAUGGAAACGGAGAAGUAAAUUUGCUGAAACAAAUAUUGGGAUAUCAUAUGAACAAUGUGGUAAUUGGAUGCAGGCGCAAAUUACAUAUGAAAAUGCUCAAACAAAAAUACGAAGUUCAGGAUUACCAAUCAAUGAGACUGAAUAUCUCUUAUGGGAAGAUCACUGGAUAAUGUGUUCACAAAAAUUACAGCAAUGGGAUAUACUUACCGAUUUUUCUAAAAAUGAGAAUAAUAUAGAAUUGAUGACGGAAUGUGCUUUUCGUUUGAUGGAUUGGACCAACGAUAAGGAUUAUUUGGAACAAGUUAUUCACACAUUAUUGGAUGCACCGUCUCCAAGAAGAAAAAUGUUUGAAGCAUUUAUGAAUUUAAUGAAAUCUCUUCAUACAAAUAGUUUAGAAGAUUUCAAGAAAGUAUCAAUAGAAGCCCAUCAAUUAACUUUGCAAAAAUGGCACACACUACCCAACGUGGUUUCGUACAGUCAUAUUCCUUUAUUACAUUCAUUUCAAUUAUUAGUAGAAUUUGAAGAAGCUACAAAAAUGUUUUCAUCUUUAACAAAUGUUAGCUCACAAAAUGCAGACGCAAAGGCUAAUGAAUUAAAGAGUAUUUUACAAAGUUGGAGAGAACGGUUACCAAACAUGUGGGAUGAUAUCAAUGUGUGGAGUGAUAUUGUAGCUUGGCGUCGUCAUGUAUUUAGUGUAAUAAAUAAAUCAUUUGCACAAUUUCAAACUCAAACUUCCAAUAAUACUAUAAAUUAUCCUUUCCGCGGUCAUCAUGAAACAGCAUGGACGAUUAAUAGAUUCGCACAUGUCGCAAGGAAACAUCAGCUCUCUGAAGUAUGUCUUAACUUUUUACAACACAUUUAUUCUUUGCCCAAUAUUGAAAUUCAAGAAGCAUUUUUAAAAUUAAGAGAACAAACUAAAUGUCAUUAUCAAAAUUCUGCCGAAAUUCCUAGUGCUUUGGAUGUUAUUAAUAACACAAAUUUGAAUUACUUUGGUCCUCAACAAAAAGCCGAAUUCCAUACUCUACGAGGAAUGAUAUUGGCAAAGUUGGGUCGAGAUGCAGAAGCAAAUGAAAGCUUUUCACGAGCUGUUCAGGUGGACAUGCGUCUUCCCAAAGCGUGGGCUGCAUGGGGAUAUUAUAAUGAUCGAAAAUUUAAGAAAGAACCUAAUGAUACUUAUUUAGCUGCAAAUGCUUUGAGUUGUUAUUUACAAGCUGCUGGACUUUAUAAUAAUCCGAAAUCAAGAAAGUUAAUUGUCCGUAUUUUAUGGCUUCUAACUUUGGAUGACAAUCUUAACCAGAUAGGACGAGUAUUUGAAACAUACAAUAGUAAAAGUGAUGUACCAACAUGGUAUUGGAUAACCUUCAUUCCACAACUUAUCAUAAGUUUAAUGUAUAAGGAAGCAAAAUAUGCACCUCGUGCUGGACAAAGUUCCACCUCUAAUAUAAAUGCUCCGAGUACAUCAACUCCAAUACCACCUUCUACUCCUGCUAAUGAAGGAACAAUAUUACCAUCAACUCCGCAACUCAAUACCAGUAUAAUAACGAAUGGAAAUAAUAGUCAUCCUCGCUCAGUACAAAUAAGUUCAGAUCAACCGAGUCCUGUUCAAUCAAGUCCCAACCAAGCGAGUCCCCAAGUGAGUCCCCAAGUGAGUCCUCAAGUAAUUAACUACGCUCAAUCUAGCCCGAUAUCAACGCAAACUCCUCUAAGUCCAGCUAAUCAUAUACCGCAAUCGCAAACUCCAACGAUAACAACAAUAACUAAUAAUGUAUCAGCUCCCACUACGCAACCUCAAACCACGUCUAAACAACCUUGGGAACAUGUAGAAGAUAUAAUGUCCAUUUUAAAAACUGCAUUUCCAUUGCUUGCGCUUACAAUGGAAACCAUGGUAGACCAAAUCCAACAACGUCUUAAACCAUCUUCGGAUGAAGAUAUUUACAGACUGAUUGUCGCACUUUUAAAUGACGGAGUUCAGCAAUUAAUUGCUCGCCUUUUUCAUCCCAAUGAUACUGGCUUAUUAAAUCCUAUAACGGAAGCAAACAUAAAAAGAUUUGCAGAUAAUUUAUAUCCUGGUCCCAUCAAGUCAGCCUUUGAAGAAGAUUUUAUUGUGAAGAGUCCAAACUUAGUAGAAUAUGUUGAAACACUUCGAAAAUGGAGAAACCGAUUUGAAAUGAUGUUAGAUAAUAAACCUCGUAUACAAUACUUAGAACAUUAUAGUCCAUAUCUAGCCGAAUUUCAAUAUCAAAAAUUCGAAGAAGUCGAAGUUCCAGGACAAUAUCUACUGCAUAAAUAUAACAAUAAUGCAGAUUUUAUACGUAUCGAUCGAUUUAUGCCAGAGGUGGAUGUUGUUCGAUCAAAUGGUUUUUGUUAUCGAAGAUUUACCAUACGUGGUCAUGACGGUAGCCUUCAUUCUUUCUCAGUUCAACAUCCUUCAGCAAGACAAAGUCGUCGCGAAGAACGAAUACAUCAACUUUUCAGACUUUUGGAUGGCGUAUUAGAUCGUCGUAAAGAAAGUCGUAAAAGAAACUUAUUUUUCCAUCUUCCUUUAAUAAUUCCAUUAGCGCCACAAAUUAGAAUUGUUCAAGAUGAUCCAUCAUAUUGUUCAUUACAAGAUAUAUAUGAGGAUCAUUGUGAUUUUACCGGAAAAUCAAAGGAUGAUGCAAUAAUUUAUUAUACUGAAAAGAUGAGGGCGAAUAUGGCACAUGUUAAAAGUAGAAACGACAUUAUAAAUUUGAGAGUUGAAGUUGCCGACCAGAUUGCAACGAAAUUUAUUCCAAGUGAUAUAGUGUCAAAGUUUAUGACCAAAACCAUGAAAUCAAAUGAAGAUUUAUGGACAAUCAGAAAACAAUUCACAGCACAAAUGGCUUCCGUUUCUUUUAUGACUUAUAUCAUGAGUAUUUGUCAAAGACAUCCACAUAAAUUUAUGAUUUCAAGAAAUACCGGUAAAAUAUAUACAACCGAAGUGCUUCCAACUGUUCCAUUCAGACUUACUCGUGGUCUUCAGCACUUUAUGGGUCAAAUUAAUAUAGAGGGUGUAUUUUGUUCAGCCUUAAUGUCUAUUGGUCGCUGCCUCACCGAACCUGAAUUUGAUCUGGGUCAAUACCUGGAAAUUUUCAUUAGGGAUGAACUUAAACACUGGCAUUACGUAAGUCAACAACCUGUUAACGAGCAACAGCUUCGAAUGAAGGUCGCAAUGAAUGUGGAUCAAAUAGUUCACAAAGCACGUGCACUCGGUUCUCUUGAUGUGGAUUUAGAAAAAUUUGACAGAACCCCUAAUAAUUCGAGGCCAGUUAACACUAUUUUAGAUUUAAUAGGGGCUGCAACUAACCCCCCGAAUUUGGCUACGAUGGAAGUUAUUUGGAUGCAAUGGUUAUAA